AUGUCGGAAUCCAAAGAAAUCAGUUUGUCGGUGGAAGAGACGAACAAACUGCGCCUGAAACUGGGAUUGAAACCCCUGAGGUUCGACGACAAGGAAGCCGCUGAGUCUAAACAAUCUCGGGAUGGGGAGAGAGACUCCGACGACGCUUCGUCCUCAGCCGGCAGCCACGCUCAUCUUACUCAGACGGAGUUAGAUCAGCGAAGACGACAGGCGGCCCGACAGUUGGUGGAGAGAACUGAAGAGCGGAGGAGGAAAGCAAUUCACUCCGCAUUGACUGCUGGACCUACCCUGGGAGAAGAAGCCGACGACGAUUUAGAUGAUCCCGCAGCCUGGGUGGCACGCAUGCGGAAAAAUGAAAAAGAGAAACAUGUCUUGGCGUCUCAAGCUCGAGUGGAUGCCGCCCACUACGACGACAGCGACGACGAGUCUGCGCCAGCGGCCUCUGCGCGAGAAUUUCAGACCGAGGACGCUUCGAUGCAUCGGGGGAAGCGCCGCCGCGAGCGGCGGGGCUCGAUUUCCUCCAGUGAGGGCGAGGCGGGGGAAGGUGGAGAUGUGAAGGUGGUGCACGAUUUGAAGGAGUUCGAGGAGGGGGAAACGGUCGUGUUGACCUUGAAGGAUACGCAGAUCUUGACGGCAGACGGGGCGCUGAACGACGAUAUCGACACUCUAGAGAAUGUCGCACUUGUGGAGAAGAACAAGCAGCGAAAGAAGUUGCGCGACAAGGAACGGAAGGCGGUGUACGACCCGACCGAAGACUGGGAAGAAGGCGAAGACGGCCAGCCGAAGAAAAAGGAGAUUUUGGAGCACUACGACGAGUGGGAACGUGAGGAGCGGGCGGCGCAGGGCAAGGGCAGGCUGCCCGAGGACGAUCGCGGCUUUCUCCUGCCGAAUCUGCAGGGCCGUGACCUCGACGAGCCGGUCGAGGUCCAGAUUGAACUGCUGCGCGAGCGACAGAGACUCGUGGAGCGCGAGAAGCAGAAACUCUUGGGCCUCUCAUCCCUCUCCGCCUACCACAGAGACGGAGUCGCGCUGACAGGGCCCACCCUGGGAAGGCAAAAGUACGACGCUUCAGGCCUGUGCUCGGUCGUCAUCAGCGGCGAGCGUGAGGCGACGAAACGCGGCGACGGAGGCGACGCAGGCGAGGCCGUCGCUUUUCGCAAGCUCAAGAAGAAAAAGAUCCAGAAGAAGAAGCAGGGCGCCGAGUUCUGGAAGGAACUGCUUGGGGGAAAGCCGCAAGAGGAAGAAGAGGGCGAAGAAAAGGAAACGCCGCUAGAAGAUGACGACGGAAUCAAGCCUGCGGCAGUGAAAAAAACACGAAGGAACGAUCGACACCACGGGUCGCGAGCAGAGAAAAGAGAAUCAGAGAGCAAGACACCGAACACGCAGAAGCAACAUGUCCGAGAGGCGCUGGAAGCUGCGAAAGUCUCCGCCAAGCAUGUCAGUCCCCAGCCACCUUCUUCGUCGUCUCGAAAAGGACGAGAAGGGCAGGAUGAAGGGAAAGAGCUAAGCCGAGGAAAGGAAUGUCGUUCGCCUUCGCGUCAGGAGGGAGAAGAGAGAAGUAACGUGGAAGAAGACAGAGAGAAGGGCAUGGACGAAGAUCUGGAGGACAACGAGCUCGACGACCUCAGUGCCGCAGACAGAGAGCUGCAGGAAAGCUUGGAGAAACAGAGACGCCUCGCCGUUUUGAAGCUGCGAGAACAACGGGAGGAGACAGACGAGACGCAGAGUAAGACACCGCAAGUCCGCCUUCUGAAGCUUCUUCGAAGUCAGGCCAGACACAAAGGCAACAUCGUCGAUGCGGAGCUUCUGCCGAACGAUGGUUCGGGAUCGCCGAAAGACAAGGGAUCGGCUGCUGACGCACCAGAGGCGCAAGCUGAGGAGGAGGAAGAUGAGGCGCUGGGCCUGCAGCUGAGUACAACGACCGAGUUCUGCCGCGCCAUCCAGACCCCUCUGGAGAAGCUCCUAAGCAUGAAGCAAGAACCCUACGGCAAUUCCAGACAGAGUCGACAAGACAAACCCGCGCAUGCACAGCCGGACAAGCGAGAGAAGCGGUCCAACUCGAAUGAGAAGGAGAAAGAAGAAGGAGAAGCAGACGACAGCGACAACGACGGUCGGGGUGACGAACGCCGAAGCAGAGAGAAGGACGAAGACUCUUCGGAAGAGGAGGAAGAUUUAGAUACUGGCUUCAUGAACGAAAAUCCAAUGGGUCACGGCCUGGCCGAAGCCCUCAAGUAUCUUCAGAGUAAAAACCACUACUCGUUAGACAAAAUGCGACAAAGGCGCCACCGUCCAGACGAACUGCCGCUUCACAAGCCACUGGGGGAGAAGGAUAUCAAGAUUGACCACCGUGACCAGUACGGGAAUGUCAUGACGCCGAAGGACGCCUUCAGAGAGAUCUCCUGGCGCUUCCAUGGAAAAUACCCAAGUCUGAGAAAGCAGGAAAAGAAGAUGAAAAAGAUGGACAUCGAGCGGAAGCUGUUGCAGAAUCCGAUGGAGGCCCUGCCUACUCUGAGUGCGCUCCAACGACUGCAGGAGAAGGAGAAAGCUUCCCAUCUUGUUCUCACGGGCGGGUCAAUGGAUCAGUAG